GGCGGCGCGGGAGGAUGCGGCAGGAGCGGAGCGCGGGGCAGGUAACGCUCUUGUGAACCACAGCUCGAAAUAUUCAGCCACAACGUGAAGCUGCCUGCCAACAAGAGUUUCCUGGUGGUUUUUGUGUUUUUUCAAGAUGAGCCAUGGUAGGUUAAUUCCCAGGCUCUCCAUUCGAUCUCCUGUGCAUCGUGCCAGCCUGGAGGCCCAGGCCGCAGCAUCGCCUUUUAAGAAAGAAGACUUACCUCUGAUUUCAAAGGAUUCCCUGGAAGCCGACUCGGAGAGCCUCAGUCAGGAGGGCUCCUCUCAGGCCGAGCGUGGAGCUCGAACCCGGGACAACGCCAUGGAGCGGGACAGCCUGGAGGACAGCCUGGAGGACAGCCUGGGGGACAGCCUGAGCGAGACGGAGGAGGAAGCCAGCAGCAAGGCGGCCCAGGCGGCCAGCAAGGACAGCCGUGCCCAGGACAAGGGCGCGGGCGGCAGCCCACCGUCCAAAGAAGACAAGUACUCGGACCUCCGCUACGACCCCAACUGGAGGAGCAAGCGAGGGGCCGGGCACGUGCCGGCCGUGGAGGCGUCGCCGGAGUCCGCGGGCGGCUCUGCCCAGGGGCGCCCGCUCCUCCCCUCGGAGGCGUCCCCGGGCCCAACGGCGGGGGCCGGCCCGCAGGACCCCAGCCCGCCCAGCGACGCCUCUCUGCUCGGGAGUGAGUUUGUGAGUCCGAGCUACGAGCACGGGGCCCAGCACAGCACGCGGGCCUCGGGGCUGAGCGGCCGGGGCCUGGCAGGGACGUCCAGCAACCUCUCCCAGUGCGUGCGGAGUUCAAGCUCACACAACGAGGUUUUCUGGCCCAGGUCACGGGGCCCGCGGCGAAGGAAGGCCAAACAAUUUUUUGUGGAAAAAAACAAGCUGACCUUGGGGUUACCCACCCCCAAAGUGGACUCUUAUCUUCAGCUUCACAGUAAGAGAAGGGAGGAGAGUCGCAUGGAACAGGAACACUGGUCUCACUAUGAAAGUGCGACAUCAAGUCAGGAACCCGGAGGGCCACCCCCUGAAGCCGCCCGUGGCCAGCAGCCUUCCAGAAGAGCCGCCGGGCACAGGGCCCGCACACAGCAGAAGCACAGGCACGGCCGGAAGUCUUCGGUGACGGAGGAGCUGGUUUUCAGUCAGGGGAACCCGAAAAACACUCCCAGACGACAAUCUCAGAACAAGCCUGGGGAGGCGUCCAGAAGGCACGAGGCAGCUGCAGUCACGCUUGCCCCCCGCGGUGACUUGCAACACUCAGGGGCUCCUAGGGGCCAGGGUCCCCAUGAAGCCUCCCACAGAUUCACUCCACCGCAGCAGACUUUUGACAAGGUGUUAUUAUACAAAAAUGCUCCUGGCUACCACUCGGUGAUGAAUUUUAACAAAAAAAGAGGACGCAAAGAUCAAGAAGAGGACAGAAUUUUAUACCAGCAGCUACACAUGAACACUCUUGCCCAUAUGGACUUGAACUACCCUAAUGGACUCACUAAGAGACAAGUGCCCCUGCGUCACAAAGGCUCUCAGUCUGCUUCUAAAGUAAAUGUUAGCAGAGCAACUGAAAAUAAGAAGCAACCCAAACCUACUUACCCAGAGGCUGGAUAUAAGAACUUGGAAAUAUUAUGGAACUUCCAUCCUUCCCCGGACAGCUCCCCUGAGGAGGCCCCAGGCUCGCGGCUGGGGCGGCUCAUGGAGCAGCACCAGCAAGCCUUGGCACAGCUGGCCGAGGUGCAGCCCGGCGCAGGGGCCUCGGCCAGGGUCAUAUUCCCACCCAUUCUGCCAAGAACAGAAAGUGAAUCCCAACUCAACUCAGAGAAAAGCCGAAGGAACCAGCUGAAAAUAAGCCGCACCAAUUCCGAAGGCUAUCUGCUUCAACUGGAGAAAGGAAAAAAGAAUAGAAAGCGCAGCAUUAAGAGUCCCAAGCUGAAAGGUUAUCAGAAAGGAGAUGUGAAGCUUGGAGGCCUUGGACCUGACCUUGAGUCCAUCAGAGACAAAAUGCAGAAACUAAGACAGCAGAAGGAAUACGCGAAGCAGGUGAAGGAGUACAACAUGAAGACCCUCUCCCUCCUGUCCCACCCGCCGGCGGCAAAGCCCGAGAACAGCCCCGGCCUCUCCCGGCAGAAGGCUUUGGAAUACGCUAAGACCAUCCCCAAACCCAAACCUUCAAAUCUGGCUGACCAGGCGUCAAAGGAAAAGAAAAAUCCAACCUCUGCUGGAGAAGACAAGUUGCCGGAGAUCUCCCUGCUGGGCAUCCUGCAGAGCAGGCACGAGCGGGAGAAGCAGGCCGUGGCCGCCUUCAAAGUCCUGCACAUCGUGUAGCGCCGGAGGGACCCCAGGGCUGGCCCAGGGCGAGGACGCGCAGCCAGCCUCCCCACUCCACGGUGACCCGUCUCAACAGGCGCAGUCCGUGUGUGUGUUGCGUAGGAUUUAAAACGUGGACCCUAUUCUAUCGUGGCGCCAGAGUGCACUUUCUAGGAAGAAAUUUUGUUUAAUUAUUUAUUUUCAAAUCAGUUGAACUUUGGGCCUAGUAAGAACCAGAGAAUAAGGCCUUUGGGUUUUAUGUGGGAUCUUUUUAUUUCUUAAACAAUCUGCACCCUUCCUUAGCAAUGAAAACCAUGAAGUUACCCAAAAAUAAAUUUAUCAACUUGU